GUCGUUGCUCAAGGAUUAAAAGAAACAACUUUUUUUUAUCAUUUUUGCGCAGUCUUAACUCAAGUGUCUUUUUUCUCCGACGAGGUCACCGGCGCUAGCGGCGGAGGACGUUCUACUUCAGGUUUCUGGUGGUCAUGGAUACAAGGAAGGUUACAGUCUUCUGUUAUUGGAAUGGUUGCAUCAAAGAUGGUUACGAUGGUCCAUUCUAUGAAGGAUCAAGUCCAAGAGCAAUCAAAGUUGACAGCAAAAUCGAACUAUCCCAGUUGUUGGAUGAUCUGCAUCGAGUUACUGGUUUUGAAAAGGGAAAGUUUCAGAUUGAUUUGAUUGGUAGGUACCCUUCCAUUGUUCAACAACAGAUGGUCAAGUAUGUGCGUUUGCCCAUUGUGGAUGAUUGUAGUUUGAUGAUAAUGCUGGAGGUUCUAAGUCACCAUCCUUCUAUCAACAAUGUGGAGUUGUAUCUAGAGGUCAAACCGGUUUCUGAUCAGGCGACUCGAAAGCGUUCUCGACAAGAGGAUACUUUUUUUGAUGGGAGUGUGAGAGAUAACACAUUAGGAAUUCCACUGGAGCAUAAUAGCAACGGGUGGAUUGAAGAUGAUGAGAAUUUGGAUGAUGAAGACUGUGGAAUUGGUGGUGGUAAAGCGACUGCACAAAAGGAUUUUAGGAUGACAAAGCCAGGUCUAAUGAAAGGGCUCUGCGAUAGUGUCUCAAAGAAGGUGAUGUUCUCUAGUUCAUGGCUCGAUGAACGUGAGUUGCAUGUUGGGAUGGUUUUUAGAGAUAAAGUUGAACUGGAGAAAGCAGUGGAGUUGUACUCUAAUAGAAGACAACGUGAGUACAUCGCGUACGAAGACAAUAUAUUCACGUGCAAGAAAAGGAAAGUCUGCGGGUGGGUUCUCAAGGCAGCUGAAACGAAGAGCCAUGGCUUUGAGAUAACAGAAUAUACAGAUGCACAUACUUGUAAGCCAGUAGAUGUGGGCUCAGAUUUUCUUGCAGGUGAAAUCAAAGGUCUACUAAAAGCUCAGCCCUCGCUCUCAAUUGCAGAGCUGAUUAAGUGGGUGAAAAAAGAAUUUGGCUACGGAGUUUCGGAUGAUAGUAUGCGGAAUGCUAAAAAGAAAGCGAUCAUUGCAAUCUUGGGAGAUUUGGACAAGAGUUUUAGCGUGUUGCCAAAGUUCAUGGCAGCUCUCUGCUCAUCUAAUAAGAUGCUUUUAGAUUGGCAAUAUGAUAGUUUCUCUGAUCGCAGAGAUGCAUCCUUUCGUUCUGUGUUUUUUACGUUUCAGCAGUCAGUUGAAGGGAUUCCUCACUGCAGACCUCUCAUUUUAGUGGAUACGGUGGACUUGAGUGGCAAAUACCCUGGGAAAUUGUUGGUUGCAGCUGGGUUAGAUGCUGAAAACAGUCUUUUCCCACUUGCGUUUGCGAUUACUACCGAAGAAAGUUUGUCAGCUGAUACUUGGCGUUGGUUCUUUGCGUGCAUCAAAAAGAAAGUGACGCAAAGGGAAGGCCUUUGUCUGAUAACAAGUCUGAGUCCUGACAUCGCUGCAGUUGUUAAGGAACCUGAGUGUCAGUGGGUGCAACACCGGUUCUGUCUUAGGCAUCUGUGCUUCAAGUUUUAUGAUGUUUUCAAUAACAAUCUCAUGACAGAGUUUGUAUACAAGGCUGGAUCCACGAAAUACAUAUCAAUCUUUGACAAGUACUUGAAGAAAAUCGAAGAGAUGAAUCCGGAGGCUCGGAAAUGGUUAGACCAGAUACCUCUGCACCAAUGGGCUUUGGCUCACGAUAGUGACAGGCUGAGAUACGGGAUCAUGACUACAAACUUAAUCUUUACAACUUACAGUUUUGUAAACAAGUCCCGUGAUCUUCCAAUCACAGCCUGCAUCUUGCUAAUCUUUGAUCACCUGGCAGAGCUUUUCAAAUCGCGACAUGGUCUUCUCGAGGAGUCUCUAAAGAACAGAGGAGAGGUGUAUGCUAAACAUGUCAUGAAAAAGCUAGAAGAGUACAAGUUAGCCUCUAGAACACUCGACGUAUUGCCUAUAGACCAGACUGCAGAGAGGUUUCAGGUCACAAAAGUGCUGCAAACUGUAAACAAGAAAUAUUUUGUUCACCGCAGCGAUCGAGUUUGCACGUGUCAGACAUGGCAAGUUUACAAGUAUCCGUGUUCGCAUGUGUUAGCUGUUUGCAGGAGGCUGAACUAUGACCAUUUGCAGUAUGUAAAUGACUUCUACAAGACGGAGAGUUUUCUUGGAGUUUAUGCUUCUGAGUUUAAUCCGCUUCCAGGAGUCUCCGAUUGGCCAGAAGCUUCCGAUGUUACAACACUGUUUCCUGCUGGAAGUGGUCAGAUAUCAGUUGUCCUGCCAGUGGCAAGCGAGUCACCCCGCGAGAAGUCAGCUAAGCCAAAUGGUGCGGACACGGGAGCGAGUGGAGGAAGCGAAACGAGACGAUCAGGGCGACCAAAGAAGCCGAACAGUAGAUAUGUCAAAUAAGGACUUAAAUGGUAGAAAUAUGAUAGGCAUCGAGAAGAUGGUUAGUGUUUGUUUGCUUACUGAUGUUAGGGGAAACUUAGAAGGGGCGACUAAUGAGAAUUGGGUGGGAUGAACCAGUUAGGAACGAUUUUUGUUUGUUAAAGUAUGCUAGCUAACCGGGUUAAUGUAGGUCUUUUGAAGGUGUAUAAAACAACUCAAAAGUAGGUUUUUGUUGUUGUACGGAGAUGUACUUUUGUAUUUUGUUCCUUUUGAGUUGUGUGUAUUUU